AUGGUCGCUACCGUUCAGAAGCCCGCGCCCGCCUUCAAGUCUACCGCCGUCAUCGAUGGCAUCUUCCACGAGGUCUCGCUCGAGCAGUACCUAGGACAAUGGGUGGUUCUGUUCUUCUAUCCCAUGGAUUUCACCUUUGUGUGCCCGACGGAAAUCCUCGCCUUCAAUGACGAGCUCCAACAGUUCAAAGACCUCAACACCAUCGUGCUUAGUGUGUCGACGGACUCGCAUUUCUCCCACCUGGCGUGGGCGAUGAAGGACCGCAAGGAGGGCGGUCUCGGACCCGACCUUAAACUUCCUCUUGUAGCUGAUAGAAACAUGAAGAUAUCUCGAGACUAUGGUGUAUUGAUCGAAGAGGAGGGCGUCGCUCUCCGUGGUCUGUUCAUCAUCGAUCCCAAGGGCAUCCUGAGACAAAUUACGAUCAAUGACCUUGCUGUUGGUCGGUCGGUCGACGAGACGAUUCGGCUCGUGAAGGCCUUUCAGUUCACCGACGAGUACGGCGAGGUUUGCCCUGCCAAUUGGACCGAGGGCAGCAAGACUAUCAAGGCUGACCCCAAGGGAUCGCUCGAGUACUUCUCCACCACCGGCACCGGCACCAAGGAGAACGGCACCAAGAGUGGCGCGAGAAAGCGUGCGCGCGCUGAUUGA